AAUACAGAGUAACUGAGAUUUUCUUCAACCUAUCUUCUUCAACCUAAUUUCAGUUUUCUGACGGAAAAUUUUUCAUACAAUCAGCAAGUUUGCUUGGGAAACGUGAAUAUUAGAUUGAAGUCUCGUUUCCCAUUCGUUUCCGGGAUGAAUUCAGUUUCAAACACGUCUCUAUUUUUCUGAAACGGUUUCGGCGCGCGUUUCCCGGUUUCCCCGUUCCAGGACGUUUCGGAAACGUUGGCAGGAACCAGAAAAAUGCAGUGGAUGUGAAAUUAUGCUUAUAAGGAUUGACGGAUUAAAAUUUACAAGUUGAUUACAAGUUGUGAAGUUGCUUAGAUGCUUACAAAUUACUAAUUACAGGGCUUCAGGCUUUACUUCAAAUUUCCAAUAGUCCAACCCCCACAAAAUAGGCAACCUUCCAGAAAUUCUCAGAGUUCUCACCCCGGAUUUUAAUUCGUAUUGCAAUAAAAUCCAUCCCCGUUGUUUUUGGGUAUCGUUUUACCUGAUUGUUUUGACUAAUGUGGUUCCUGAGGUUCUUAAACUUCAGCAGAAAAGGGUUUUUCUUUCAUGGUUUUUCUACUGCAAAAGCUUCUGCAAUCAAUACUCAAUUGCGCGCUGCUCCAAGAUUUUAUCUGGGUAGAACUGCUCAAGCUUAUUUAUCAACCCUUCAAGAAGCCAAAAAUGAUGUUGAGAAAAUGCCAUUAGCAAAGAGUUUAGCUUCUCUGGUUGUUGAAUCUUCACCUCCUGGUGAUGUAAAGGACACUGAUAGGCCUGAAAUGGGUAGAGUUGGGAUGAAACGGUUAUUCGAAAUGCGUGUAAAGAAGAGAGUUAAGCAGCAAUAUAUGAAUGGGAGGUUUAGUGACCUUUUUAUGAAAGUUGUUGCUGAUCCUAAGACCCUUAUGGAUGCUUAUAAUUGUAUUAGAGUGUGCUCAAAUGUUGAUGUCGCGACAUGGGAGGAUUCAGGCAUUUGUUUUGAGUCCUUGGCGGAAGACCUUGCAAAUGGGAGGUUUGAUGUAGAAGCUAAUACGUGUACAGUCUCGACAAGGGGUGGUACUAGAAAAGAAGUCCUUGUCCUUCCUAAUUUGAAAUUGAAGGUAGUUCAAGAAGCAUUAAGAAUAGUUUUGGAAGUUGUUUAUAAGCCUCACUUCUCUAAGAUUUCUCAUGGUGGUCGAAGUGGAAGAGGCCACUUAUCAGCUUUUAAGUACAUUUGCAAGGAAAUCCCUGAUCCUGAUUGGUGGUUCACUGUGCUUGUUAGCAAGAAGGUAGAUUCUGUAGUACUUGCUAAACUGAUCUCAACCAUAGAGGAUAAGAUUGAGGACCACCAAUUAUGUGAGAUGAUCCGAAACAUGUUUGAUGCACAGGUACUCAAUGUUGAAUUUGGAGGCUUCCCGAAAGGUCAGGGCCUCCCUCAAGAGGGAACAUUAUCCCCUAUAUUGAUGAAUAUUUAUCUUCGCCUGUUUGAUGAUGAGUUCCACAGAAUGUCAAUGAGAUAUGAGGCUCUUGAUUCCAGUAUUGAGCUUGAUGAAAAACAGCCUCAGUCAAAGUUGAGAAGCUGGUUUAGGAGGCAAAUAAAAUGUAGUGCUGGCAACCCCAAAGGUUGUGAGAAUUCUGGUGUUAGAGUUUAUUCUUGUCGCUUCAUGGAUGAAAUAUUUUUUGCUGUUUCUGGUCCCAAAGAGGCUUCACUUUCAUUAAAGUCCGAGGUGCAGAAUUACUUCCAGGAUUGUCUUCAUUUAGAUGUCAACAGAAAUAUGGAGAUAGUAUCAUGUAAUCAUGGCCAAGGUGUUCGUUUUGCUGGUGCAUUACUUAUUAGAACCAUUAAAGAUAGUCCAGCAGUAAGAGCUGUUCACAAGCUGAAGGAAAAAGUGAAAGUAUUUGCUUUGCAGAAACAAGAAAUUUGGGAUGCUGGGACAGCGAGAAUAGGUAAAAAGUGUCUGGCUCAUGGUUUGAGGAAGGUUAAGGAGUCAGAGAUAAGGCAUCUUUCUGACAAUAACUCUUGUUUGAGCAAAAUAUCUUGUUACCGUAAGUCUGGCAUGGAAACCGAUCACUGGUAUAAGCAGUUAAUAAAAAUUUGGAUGCAAGAUUUGGAGAAAAAUGCUGCCACCAGCGAAGAAUAUAUCCUAUCCAAGUGUAUUGCUGAACCUGCACUUCCACCAUCUCUGCUGGAGUCAUUUUAUGAGUUUCAGAGACGUGUUGAAGAAUACAAUUCUUCUGAAACUGAUUCCCUUCUUUCUCUUUUGCCAAGUUCCGGUUUGUCUCAACAAUGUGAGACUAUCACAAAGGUUAUAGCUCCUGUCAAUGUCAUUCAGAAGCGUCUGUUACGGUAUGGACUGGUCAGUGACAAAGGAUAUUCCCGUGCAGUUCAUGCUCUCAUUUUACAGGAUAGCAGCCAAAUAAUUGAUUGGUUUUCUGGCAUUGGACAUAGAUGGCUGAGAUGGUGCAACGAGUGUGAAAACUUUGGCGAGUUAAAAAUUAUUGUCUCAGAACAAGUUAGGAAGUCUUGCAUCCGGACACUGGCACUAAAAUAUAGAAUACAUGAAUCUGAGAUAGAGAAAAGUUUUGGUUCGCAGCUGAGCAGCAUGUUGCUCAGCCAGGAUGCAGAGGAUGGAAUAUGUGAAGAUAUGUUGGAUACUUGUAGUCUUGAUAAUGACGAGGCAUUGAUGUAUGGAAUUUCUUACAGUGGGUUGUGCCAACUGUCUCUUGCCAGGAUGGUGAGCUUGUCCAGGCCUUGUAACUGUUUUGUUAUGGGUUGCUCAGCUGCAGCACCGUGUGUUUACAUUCUUCAUGUUAUGGAAAGGCAAAAAUUUCCUGGCUGGAAUACGGGAUUUUCAAGUUGUAUUCAUCCCAGUUUGAAUAAAAGACGCAUUGGUUUGUGUAAGCAGCACCUGAAAGACUUAUAUCUAGGUGAAAUAUCACUCCAAUCUAUUGAUUUUGGUUCAUGGAAACGAUCUAUCAGUUGAAAAAGGCGGUUUGCCUACAGAAAAUGGCUACCCUUUUAACAAUACGUUCAGAUUGGGAAGCACAAAGGAGGUUGAGUUUUGGGAAAGCUUAAUGUCCCAGAAUGGAGGAGGAGAAAUCCAUUUUGUUGAAGUUGAAUCCUUCCCCGGAGCCAUUGUGUCUGGCACUUAGCAACCGUAUUAGCAGAGUCGAGUCAGAGCUGGGACCAAGCACUUUAUCACCAAUCAUGGCUUCUAUGAGUGUUGGGGAUACUGAUUGCCUUUCAUCGAGUCUUUCUUUGUUCUUUGUGAAAAGCUGCAGUCAAGUAAUACAUUUGUUCAGCAGGAUCAAACAAAUGUUAUUGCUCAAGAAGUUAAAGAAUCUGCUGAUGCUUCUUCCUCGGCACCUGCCAAACUGUGGUGGUGAUACUCAGAAAAUAUUUGACAGUGCUGUCAUAUUUUCAAGGUUUGCUGACAAACACCGGUGAUGCAUUUAUCAGUUAAAAUCCAGAGUUGCUGGAAAAUUUGGUGUCUAUAUAUGAUGUUGAAAGCACCUCGCCGUAUAUUAUUUUGAUAACAAAAGGGCAUACUUUAGUUCUAGAAUCAGACAACAGCAUGAGCAACACCUUGCUGGGCCAUCCAGAUUCCAGAACAAGUGUUCGCGGGUGUAUGUUUUUGAAGACUUGUAUGAGGUCCAAUCAGGAUCUGAAGGGCGAUUGUAUAGUUUCAACUUUCAAGGUGAAGAGGAAAUUGAUGCUGGUGGCCACACACGAGAGUAGUACCAGUCAUUGUCAAGGUUUAUCAUUGAUAAGGGAGCACUACUAUUCACCACAGCUGGUAAUAAUGCAAUCUUCCAGCCAAACCCUAAUACUGUCCACCGGACUGAACGACUAAGUACUUCAAAUUUGUUGCUUGUGGUAAUACUUCAAAAACAACCUACAGUUCCUGUUUUUAUUUUGAUUCUUGAAUUUGUCGGUCUUCAUUAUAUCACGCAUUAAAAGAACUCCAUAGGUAAUGUUGCUUGUCCAAAGUUGGUUGAUACCCUAUUAGGUAACUUUUAUGGUUGAACUUCUUUUAUUUUUUAGGGUUCUUUUAUUUGCUCACUUUAUAUUUCUGUUGGCUGUUGAUUUUGCUGGAGAUUUGACUAAUUUUUUCGCCUAAUAAUUAAUUUGGCCAACUGUAAGAAGCAGUUGAGUUACCCAUUGGCCAUCAGUAAUUAGGUAAGAUCUAUACUUUUAAUGGUUUAUCUUCUCCUAUUUUUCUCUCUAUCUAUUUUGCUUGAUUUAGUUGCUUAUUCUUUUAUAACUCACAAUAUGGUCCUAGGUCCUUCACUGCAGCAACCUACGACAAUUAAUCAUAAUUUGGUGCGGAUUUUGUGUUCAUCGGAUAUCUUUAAUUCUAGGGUUCUUUAUUGCUUAAUUACAUGAUUCAAUUCCUUUUUAUUCGUAAGUUUCAUUUAUCGUUUGUUUGCUUAUUAGGUAUAUUUGAACAUCACAAAUUCACAACUUUGAAAUGAAAAUCUUUUGUUACGGUUUGAAUAUUAUGUGUGAAUGUAUAGCGGGUUUAUUGUUGCUGGUGUGGAGUGGGAUCGGAUUAACAGAGCAACGUCCUGAUUUUUGUAUAUUAAAGUCAAGAAUCUAUCAAGUAGUUCUCAUACUUGCGGUUUUAUAGCUUGCUUGAUUUGUCCAUAGACUCAUGUUUUUGAAUGAUGUUACUAACUGGCACGACCAAGCCACUAUUAUGUUUAAAGGGGGAAUAUGACUUUGCAAAAAGAUUUGUGUAUACUGUUUAUUCUAUAAGAUAAAUAAUAUGCAAAUGUCUGUCAGUACAUCAGUGCGUGGCCGCUAGACUAACCAUCCACUCUUGGCAUAGCUUUGUUUGUUUGCUUUGAGAAGGGUAUGGUGCACCAAGGCAUAUGUAACCAAGGCCUUGAUAUAUUUGUUACCGGGAAUUCUUGAAUGAGACUAUUUCAAAAUAUUUAAUGUGAAUAAAAAGGAGUUGUAGGCAGAAGUCAAAAUCAUAAAAACUAUUUCUUUGAAAAAGAGAAAAUAAAGGUCACAUAUUUUGGGGAGAGGAAUUGGGUGGGUGGAUGGGAGGGAUCCUAUUCCUGCUAGAAAAUGCUGCAAUAAAUUGUUCUCAUUGCUUCUUAUCAAAUGUUCAGGCAUUGUUUCUGCUUUGAGAGUGGUUUCACUAGGUCUUGUCUACAGUUUAGAGAUUGAAGGCAUUCUGGCCCUUUCCUGGUUGUUGUCUUUGCUGGUGUAAUCCUGCGUUUAAUUGCUCAUCAAGAUCUGGAGCAGUGGGGCUGUCAGGAGUUGCUGGAGACUCAUGUUGUGGCCCUAAACCAACAUAUUGUUGCACCACUAGAACAGAGCUUGUUGCUGCAAAAUCUGAUGAUGCUAACAUGUCCCCAAUUGCUCCAAGUUCAGGACAUUCACUCCAAUCUGUUAGACCGGCUUUGCUUGUCUUGUUCGGCAUCAGUUAUCACAGUCAGCACUCGCGGGUCCCCAGGCUCACGACUUGGCUCCACGGUUGCUGCUCUAGAAGCAUCAUCACCUGGUAUGAAUCGCAUUACAGUUACAGUGAUGGUUGGAUGUUCUGACAUCCUCAAUGCAUAUGCAAGUGCCUCCCUGUCAUCAGGCCCACCAAAGAAGAGCACUGCUAUGUUGUGUGACACCUGGUUUGCAGCCAAACGGGUCGACCCACUUAGCCCUCUAUCAACAAGGAUCCCAACCGAGCAAGGGAGAAAUGGCUGUCAAAGGCUGAACCGAGACAGACCCAGUUAGAGCAUGCUGCUCAUAAUUUUCAAAGGCAUUGAUGAUAUGAUCUGAUUGAGCUUGUGUUCUGUUGAGAGCUGGUCGACCUGACUUUCUGGUAUUGUGCACUAUGAGCAUUGCUGAUGCUCGCCCUGUUAGUUCUACUAAAUGUAGCACGUACACACAUAUUGGGGAUCUUCUGGUUGGGUGGCUGGCUUCCAGUAGAUUUAUUAUGGUCGGCACAUUCCUUGGUGUGUGAAUGCAAGUCAAUACUUUGAGUUCUGCGUCUGGUUUUGAUUUCUGUAUGGUUCUUCUCUUGUAUGCUACAGAUCUUCUUGCUGGCCGGUAAAUAGCGGUGACCAGGGGAGCAAUCAGACCAGUCAUUAUCAAUGCUGAUAUCACCAUGAUCGAAAAUGAUGCAUCAUCUAUUACCUGCAAUAACAUUAUUGAUCUCAGAAGACGAAGAUUUAUCAAAGUGGACGAUCAUUUCAACAAGACCUUUGGUGUUCAUGAGCAAGCCGAGGGUGAUUCCUUCACGGAUUGGCAUGUUGUAGAAGUAAGCGACAGCAGUGGUGCCAGCAACCUUUCCAGAACAAGCCAAUAUGAUGACAAGCAUCAGAUUACGCCAGACUUUAAAGUCGCCAACUUGACGAACAUCAGUCUUAAGACCACUGAUGGCGAAAAACAGAGGAAGUAGAAGUCCUGAUACAGAAUCUUCAAGCUUUUCAAUAAGGGUUACACCUAAAGGUCCAUUUGGGAUGAUAAGUCCAAAAACAAAGGCCCCAAACACAGAAUGUGUUCCUAUAGCAUCAGUAAUAAACCCUGAUAUCAUAACCCCUGUGAGUAUAAGGCAUAUGUAAAAAUCACUGAACGGUUCACCCUCAGGUGUACGACGGACCAUCCACAUGAUUGCGGGUCGAACCAAGAAGAUACACACCACCACAAAGGCGGCACUCGAGAGAAUCACCCAGACUGAAGUCAAACUCGAAGAGCUGGUCUCGGCUAGGGCUAUGGCUAAGGCUAAGAGCACCCAAGCACAAAUAUCAUUGACAAGUGCUGAUGACAUGGCAAUUCGACCUAUCUUGGUAUUGAUAAGCUUGAGCUCUGCAAGAACACGAGCUAGCACAGGGAAGGCGGUAACAGCGAGAGCGACACCAAGGAAAAGCACAAAGGUUCCAGGGUGGGUGCUAUCAGAAGAAAUUAACCUCAGAAUUGUUUCCAUCAAUACAUAUGUAUUCCAGAGCUCCCAGGUACCAGAGUUCAAGAGACCUGAGAUGAGGCAAUCGACUAAAUGGUGGGAGGUGUUGGCAUCUCUCACAUCCUGCGAUUUCUACAGACACGAGGUUAGGGAAUGAACAAGGAAAUUCAUCCAUCCCCCACCUCGGGAACCUUGCUCCCCUCCACCCCUCAAUUUGUAGCCUUUUGAGAGACGGUGGGGGCUGUAAGCAAUUCAGAGCCAACUCAUCUUCUACCUCGUCAGAUUUACAAGCUAGUUCCCCAUUCCGCAACGCCCACCAUGUUAAUUCCAGGCUAGUUAGCUUCUUUCCCCUCAAAGUUUCCCCUGUGUCUACUGAUACAGCUUUCCUAUCAUGUUCUGAAAAGCGGAUUUUUAAUUUUCCAGCAAGAUCAUUCAAGCUAGCCAGUGCAUCUAACCCUGUAUAUUCUCCGACAGCAAAUAAGUCCAAUGUUUGAAGAGUUGUUAAUAGCUCAAAUCCAGGCGGCAUAUCAAUCAAUGCAUUAGAACUUCUGAAAUGCAAGUGCCUAAGGCUGGUCAAUUUAUGAAACCCCCUUGGAAGUUCUCUAAGCCACCGGCAUUCUCGGAGAUCCAAUGUCUGCAAGUUCCGUAGCCCCGUGAUGCAUUCAGGAAGAGUAUUAGACGAGACACUGAGUCUUAGAUACCUUAAGUGCUUCAGACCCCUUAUGGAAUCUGGAAGGUUAUCACUAUCUACCCGGGGCAAGUCCAAUGCGCGUAAGCACCUCAAACUUGAAAAGAUUUCAUUAAUAUUUGGUACAUAAAAUGAAAGGCUGUAGGUGGUCAGAAGAAGAGAACGGAUUUUCUUUGCAGCUAGCAACCAUGGAGGAGGAUUCCAUGUUGAAUCAGCAGUAAAGCUUGCAUGCCAAACAGUAUUAUCAAUGAUCUGUAAUGUAGGUUUAUCUACAAGACAAGAACACAACAAUAUCCUGCAACCUUUUUGGCCAAGUCAUUCAUCAAAUCGUGCAUUUUGCAGCUUAUUAUCUCUCCA